ACUUUUUUUUUUGUUUAAAUAGUUUAAUAAGAUAAGUUUAAUAGAUUAUAAAUGUGUUGUAUAUAUGUUAUUCAAACAGUAUUCCAAAUACCUUUAAUUACUUAAAAGUGUUUUAAGUAAAUGUAUGGUAAAUGUGCCUGAUAUAAAACUUUCCAUUUAAACGAUUUGAACGCCCAUUUAAGAACCUAACCUUAAAAACAAGACUGACUCAUUUUGUUCAUUUUAUUAAUGUUAUAAUAUCUUUUACACACGUAUCGCGCUUAUUUGUUGAUGAGGAAAAAUAUACGUGGCAUAUCUCGAUACACAGUCCUCAGUGAUUAUAUUUUUCAAGAGGAGAUCUUCACAUAAUGCAUGAGAAGAGGAAAAAAUUAAGUCCCAUGAAAGCUUUAAUUCUUGUCGGGGGUUAUGGAACGAGACUUCGUCCAUUAACUCUCAGUCGUCCGAAGCCACUCAUUGAAUUUGCAAAUAAACCAAUGUUGCUGCAUCAAAUUGAAGCUCUGGUUGAAAUAAAUGUGACUGAAGUUAUUUUGGCAGUGUCAUAUCGUGCCGAACAAAUGGAAAAGGAGCUGGAGCAGGAAGCUGUGAAAUUGGGUGUUAAUUUAAUAUUUUCUCACGAGACAGAACCCUUGGGUACAGCUGGACCAUUGGCACUUGCUGCUCAACAUCUACGCAAUAGCGAUGAACCAUUUUUUGUACUGAAUUCGGAUAUUAUUUGUGAUUUUCCAUUUAAACAACUUCUUCAAUUUCACAAAAAUCAUGAACGCGAGGGAACAAUUGUCGUUACUAAAGUUGAAGAACCCUCUAAAUAUGGAGUUGUCUUGUACGAUGAGGCGGGAAAAAUCGACAGUUUCAUUGAGAAACCACAGGAAUUUAUUUCGAAUAAAAUAAACGCAGGAAUAUACAUUUUCAAUCCAAGCGUUUUGAAAAGAAUAGAACUUCGUCCCAUGAGCAUAGAAAAAGAAGUCUUUCCACACAUGGCCAACGACGGCGAAUUAUAUGCAAUGGACUUAACAGGAUUCUGGAUGGAUGUUGGUCAACCAAAAGAUUUCCUUAAAGGAAUGGGUCUGUAUCUCACGUCGUUGAGACAAAAGACACCGGAAAAAUUGUAUUCCGGUCCAGGAGUGAUUGGAAAUGUUUUGGUUGAUCCAACAGCGACAAUCGGGAAAGAUUGUCGAAUUGGUCCGAACGUGACAAUUGGUCCAGGUGUUACAAUAGCAGACGGAUGCUGUGUAAAGAAAACAACAAUUCUCGGAUCUGCAACAGUUAAAGAACACUCAUGGCUUGACAGUUGUAUCAUAGGAUGGAGAAGUAUCGUUGGCCGAUGGGUGAGAAUGGAAGGUACGACAGUUUUGGGUGAAGACGUUAUCGUAAAAGAUGAAUUAUACAUAAACGGAGGUCAAGUAUUACCACAUAAAAAUAUCGCUGUCUCGGUUCCAGAACCGCAAAUUAUAAUGUGAAAUAAUUAUCGCAAUAUUAGGUAAAAACUUUACUGACUGAUAUUUAUUAUUAAAGUUUGUAAAUACCAUUUAACACUUACUUUAAUAUAUCGACAUUAAAUCAAUAAAAAUAAAUAAAAAUAUGUAUUAAUAAUAUCAGUUAAAAAAUAUAUUUCACUUAUUUCUAUUUUACGUAAUUUGUACAUCUAACAGCGAUUUGAAGAAAAUGGAAUUUUUUAUUUUCUAUAAAAAUAAAAACAAAAUAGUAAAAAAUAA